AUGGCCACCACUGGCCCGGUUAAGACAAAAAGGGCUCAGAGAGAAAUUUGCGUGAAAGAAGAGUUUAAGAUCGCAGUGAAAAUUGCCCUGGAUAAAUUUCGAUUUGAAGAGAAACAAAAAGGUAAUCCUUUGGAUUUUCUUGGAAUCAAGAUGUGUCUCCCAGAACUCAAUUGAUGAUUACAUUGUGUUCAUAUCAUUGUUAUCAGAUUGGAAUAAUUUGCUAAGAAAAGGUUUGAUUGAGGUGAAGCUUACACAGGCAAUUGUAAAGCCAGCUGAGCAAUUUUCAAGCAUUUUUACGUUUCUGAGCGCUAGUACUUUUUAUUCCUUUUUAUGCGUGACACUGUAUUAAUAUUUGUAACAGGAAACGCCGCGUAAACAACAUUUAAAUUAUGUAUGAGGGGGGCAUCAGUACUCCUUCGGUAAGAUCGACGAGGUACUAAUUUUUCUAAUAAAAUUAUCAUUUAGAUCUAUCAUAGAAACGUGGCUCGAUUUCUAAAUACUUGUUUCAUUGAUUGGCAAUUUGAAAACAAGCCAAGAUAAAUCAGACACAGUGAUGAGGGAUUGUCUAUAUGCACUGAUGCUUUUCGGCGGAAAUUUAUACAAUAAAAAGCCGAGCGCUAUUGAGUCAUGUGUCUUUGUGUCAGUACAACAGUUUGGUCUCAUUCUGUACUUGAUUCACAGCAGUAAGCAACCAUAUGAAACCAGAAACAUUAUCUUAUUAUCACUAUUAAUAUAAUAACUAUACCUUUUUAUCCCAUCACAUUGUAAAUUCAGAAUGUACAGUCAGUGCUUUUUGUUAGGGACAAGUGUCUGAAAAGGUUGAAUUUUCAUGAGGUGAUUUGUUAUCUUUAUAUAGUUCUAGAAUUUCCUUCAUCAUUUACAUCUGUGGAAAGAGCCUACGUACACAGAUUAUGUCAGAACUUAGGAUUAAAAUCAAAAAGCAAAGGGUAAGAUGUGGAUUGUUUACCUUCAUUGCAGCUCUAUGUUAUGAGUUAUAUUAAUGACAAUGAGUAUGAUAAUAUUAACCUUUACACCCUAACAUCAACAUGUAUAUUCUCCACACUACUUCAUUAUACAUUUCCUAAGGUGGUGACAGGGAGAUUUUGCUUAACAAUCAAGAUCUUGUUUACUUGGAGUUCAUUUCCUCUACUCUCCUGAACCUAAUGUUUUAUUCAGAUGUGACAGUAACUGGUUGUUUCACCAACAGUAGUUUUGCAAACAUUGCUGGUCAGUUUGCAAACAUGUAGAAGUCAGUUCGCAAACGUUUAGAAGUCAGUUUGUAAAUGUCUAGAAGUCAGUUAUAAACAUUUACAUGUCAACCUGGGUUUAACCAUACGAUUUAGAAUACUGCAAAACAACUGACAUUCGGGAUGACACUGUAAGGAGAAAUUAGGUGCCAGUCACUUUGAGGGGUCAGUAUUUAAAGAUCAAUUUUCAUGCAUGUGGUCUUGUUCUCCCCUCUUUUUGGAUGGAUUUUGCUGAAUUAAAGUGCAACUCUCUCUUCUGAUCUGUCUUAUUUUUCAAAUACAUCAAACUCUCUUAUGUAUUCAUGGUGGCAUAUUGGGCAUUUAAUACUAACAUAAUUGACAAACACCUUUUCUCAGUAGGCUGAAAUUGGUACAUUUCAUUUCCUUUAUACUUUCAUUACUUUGCAGGAAUGGAAGUAAUAGAUUUCUAACAGUCUCUAAGAAAACUGUUAGUGCUGGAACCUGUAGCACUGUUUUGAAUCUCACCAGCAAUGCUUCACACCAUAUUGAACAUUUACUGAAGAAAUUUCCUUUGAACAUCAAAGAAAGGCAAGAGCUCCAGCCCAAGACAGAAAGGUCAACAGUUACCUUUGAGACAGGUAUGUAGUUUCUAUUUGCCAAGGAUUUACUCAGUAGUAUUAGGUUUUUGUUUUACACUCUAAAAAGAAAAGGUUUCCUUCAUUUUAAGCAAUCUGACAUAUAUGGUAGACUGAAAUUCUUCCUCAAAUGUGUUCACUGGAUUUAUAAUCUUUCAUUUGUAGUAUCUUUAUAGUACUCCAAAAUGAGUUUUAACACUUUAACUCCCAUGAAUGACCAAGACAGAAUUUCUCCUCACAAUAUCAAUGCAAUAUGAAUCAGGCAAGGGAUGAAAAUAAACAAGAAAAAUAUCAACUAAGGGACUAUAUGCCGAUCCAAUUCCAAAUUCUCUAAAGUAACAUUAUAAGUAUUAUAUCACAGACAGUAAGGAGAUUUUCUAAUGAGAUCAUGGGAGUAAAAGAGUCAAACCAUAAUUAUUUUGAUUUAGCUCAGUGUUGUCUUCUGUAUCAAGGUACAUGUACCAAGGUAUGUUUCCAUAGUUCAUAAACAACAGAAAAUAUGAAAUACUCAAACUUAUUUCAAAAAAAGGGAAAAAUCAUCCUGUACCCUUGAAAAACUACAUGAUUCAUCAUUUUGAUAUAAUUUUUUAAAUUAAUCUUUGGUUUGGCCAAAUUUUAAAAGUACUUUUAAUUACUAUUUACUUAUAGCUGUUUUAUUUUGCCAUUUAUUUAUUAAGCAAUUUUAAUUUAAAUCAGUGUGUAAAGUGUUAUUAGGAGUUGUUACAUAUACUUUUUAUUUAUUUUUAUUUAAAUGGAUAUUUUGUAUAUAAUGCAUAUUUUUUUUCGAAAAGGACGCGGUGGAAGAGAAAGUAGAGUUGUUGGUAGGCUUAACAACAACACUCCUGCAGUUCCACCAGUUGUGAAAGAGAAUGAUUUCUUUUCAUUUCGCAAGUCUUUACCAAUUUAUGAGCUGAGGGAACAAAUCAUGAAGCUUAUUUCUGAGAACCAGGUGAAGUCUUAAAGUUACUAAAAUUGUUAUGAACAUCUGGUGCACUUGAACUAAAAUUGUUUGCUUUCAAUUAAGGAACUGCUGAAUAAACAACUUUUUUUAAUCCAGCUGUUUUAAGAAAGGUUAUGGGAAAAAAAGGAGAAAAGUUCAUGUGACCAUCUCAAAAAGUAAUUUGGGUAUCUUGUAAUCCAUGAAUUUUAAGAAAUCAAAUAAAUAAAUGUAUUUAUCAAAUAUACAUUGCCUUGUCCUUACAAUGACGCUUUCCAAGAUUUCCCUGAAAUUCAGAACUGUGACCUGAAAAUUACCCAUCAUAUGUUUGGGGUUGUCACACACACUUUUAUGCUUUUAAUAACAAUCUCGAAACAGCUGUAUAUCAAUGCUGUCUCCAAAAUUUUAUGCAUUGUCAUAUUACUUGUUAAUUGAUAAUUUUGUGUCUUAUGAAUUGUCCAUCCAGGUUGUUCUUAUAUCUGGUGAAACAGGUUCAGGAAAAACAACUCAGGUAAUGAACUUAAAUUUAACAAUUAACAACCAGUUGAAGUUGAAGGGAGAACAAUGCUUAUUCUCCUAAAAUUGCCCUUUAAAUUUUUUUUUCUUUGGAACAUAAAAUCAUUUUGGAAACAUUGAAAAUAUUCAGUAUCAUCCUUAUUCAUUAUUUUAUUUUUCCUCCUCAAAACAUUUAGGUUCCGCAAUUUGUACUGGAGGAGGCUUAUGCUAACUCAACUCCUUGCCGAGUGGUUUGCACUCAACCUCGACGCAUAUCAGCUUUGUCAGUGAGUGAAAGAGUUGCUACUGAAAGAGGAGAAAGACUUGGACAGACUGUUGGUUACCAAAUUAGGCUGGAUAAUAGGUAAUCUGAAGAUCUCACAUAAUUUAAAGCAUUUCUAAUUGGAAAGUAUGAUGUACACUUUAAGUAACAUGCUACAAGAAAGUUACCCCUAUUGGUUAUCAAUACCCUUCUAACCAUAAAGUAGAGAGAGACACUGUGAAGGAUUGUAUACUUCUUAUCAACAAUGAAAGAUAUAAAGCCAACAAACGUAUCAGUUCUAUGUGGUGGGUCAGCACUAAGUAAUCGUGGUUGUUCCAGUUCUUUUUUGGUUUGUAUUGUUUAGCUCCUUAAUUGUAAUCUUAAAGACUCUGCAAGAUUUACACAUGAAAAUUUUCUCUCUUCAGUAUGAUUUUUAUAUUUUAACUAGUCUUAUUGCUUGAUUUAAUGUGUAAGGAACUCUCAUUUUUUUGUCUAAUGUGAAUGACCAAUGGUAACAUGUGUCAUCUUUUGUACACUUGAUUAUCUUGCAGAAUAUCUCCAAAAACAUUGUUAACAUAUUGUACCACUGGUGUGCUGUUACGGACUUUGAUGUCAGGAGAUAAUUCACUUUCAUUUAUCACUCAUGUUAUAGUGGUAUGAUAAGAAAUAUUUUAGUGUAUAAUAAUUAUUUAAUAUCUAAACAGAUUUAUUAAAACAACAUGAAGCUAAUUUAAUUCUAGGUAGGGAACAGAGAUACCUGACAACCACAAAAAAAUUUCAAAUCUUAAAAUAUCAGUCCAUUUCAGAAGCCCCCCUCCUCCCCCUCCCCCACCUUCUGCUAUGACAAGGCAUACAUGUAGAUCCAAAAAGGUAGUGGCUUAACCCUUUUACUCCCAGAUUAGUGAUCAACAUGUAACUUUUCUCUAUAAUAUCUAAACAUUAUCCAGCAAACAGGUCAUGAGAAUAUUCAAACUCAUCAGGUAGAAAUUGUUAUCUUGAUCUAACACCAAAUUCUUGUAACUUAUUUAUGAGGAAAUGUGUAACAGCUAGAGGGGAGAAUUAACAAUCAGAUCUUGGGAGUCAAAGGGUUAAAUAAUAGUAAUUGUGACUGAGUUGAGUUUUAAACUUGCCAAAAGGAAGCCGAGAAACAUAAGAUAAGCAGGAUGAUAUCAUGAUUUCUAAAAUCAUUUGAAAUGUUAGGGUUUUUUGUGGAAAAUGAUCCUGACCAGUAAUGCUUUUAUUGCAAAGACUCAUGGUGUUCCUGGAGACUCCAAGAUAAUCCAGUAGUAUUGGCAUAUAAAUAUACACAUGUAAAGUAUGAUUGAUUUUUCAGUGGCAGUACAUACUGUAUUAAAAGUAACUGUAGACAGAACUUAUGUCAUGUUUAUUGAUGUGUCAAGGAAAUAGUAAAUUGAAAGUAAACAGCGUGUAUAUUUAAAAAAUAGUUAAUUGUGCUGAACAAUAAUGAAAAUUUUUCCUUCAUCAGGAUGAGGUUCACGAGCGAGAUAGAUUUUCAGACUUCCUACUAAUAGCCUUGAGGGACCUUUUAACAGUUAACAGGAGACUGAAGUUAAUUUUAAUGAGUGCUGCUUUAGAUAUCAACUUGUUUAUUGACUACUUUGGAAAGUGUCCAGUUAUUCAUGGUAAGUCAAACUACUUGCCCUGUAACACCCUGACUUUUGACCCUUACUGUGUGGAUACUUUUUCCAGUGUUACAUUCAUAGCCACAGAUAUUUCAAAAGUAACUUUACACAAAUAAAACGAUUGCCUGGCUGGUAAGUUAUUUGGUAGACUACCUGCAAUUAUCCUUCUAUUUUUUUUUUUCUAUUUUUUUUUAAUCUUAGAACUGUUCAUUAUUGUUGUGAUGAAGAAUAAAAUCAAUACCUCUAUAGUUGUGUAAUAAAUCUACCAGUAUCAGGCACAUUUCUACCAAUCUGACCAAGCACUCAACCAAGCACUCCAAACAACUCCACAGUAUUAUCUCCCUAUUGUAGUCAUGUGCAGUGUCGUGAGCUGGUGCAUUAGUUUACUUUAACAAUCUUUCAUUGCUUGGCCAGUGAACUGUUCUUGGGUUGCCAUAUAAACAAAGGGGAACUGUACUAUUGCCUGAUGUAGUCAACUCACAUUAUUUUUCAUAGUACCUGGUAGGUGCUUUGAUGUACAAGCAUAUUUCUUGGAAGAUGUUCUUAAAAUGUGAGUAUUUUUUAUUUGGAAAGUAUAUUCUCUAAGACAAACUUUUCCUUUUAUUACAUUUCCACAUACAUGCAUCUUGGUAGUGUGCUGUACAAAUAUCUUAAAAAACUUUACAACUCUAACUUGCCAGGACAUCAUACUGUAACAAGGAAAUGGUAAAACAUAUGAAACACAACCAAACCAAAAAUGGUGCAGGAGAAAAGGAUGACAACAUUUCCCUUCCUACUGAGCAGGAAGUUUCAAAUGCAGCAAAUGAUGAGGAAGUUGAGAGUUCUCACAAAGAUAAUGAGACUGGAAGUGAGAAUAAUGUCAACACAGAAGAGACAGGUCCUCCUAGUGCUGACGUACAAGCAGAAGGGAUGUUUGAUGUAGAACUACAGGCAUCAGAAGGUAUGUGGUAAUUCUUUUGAGAAUAUAAGCAGUUUGUGUUAUUACCUUGGCAGGUAUUAAUGACUCUUUGUACAUUUACCUCCUUGUGCUUAAUGAUGGUUAUGUAGGUUCUUUUACUGAAUAAUGUUACUAGUUUACUUGACAAUUAAUGUAUAAACACAUACUUCCCUUAUCAGACGCAGAACUUGAAGAUGAUCCUGUUCGAAAACUAGAUGAAGAUUCUCAAGACAAAGACUAUCUUCCUGAAUUCCAGCUUGAUGAAGAACUGGGUGAUGGAGACAUGGAUGAGGACAUCUUACUGGAAGGACAAGAGGAAGGUGAAAAUGAUGCAAAUGAUGAUGAAGAUGUUGAGGAGGGAGAUGAUGUAGAUAUUGAGGAGAUCGAGGAUAAAGUUGAUGAUAGAGACAUUAAAGAGCUGGAUGAAGCUGUGGAAGGAAUCAAACUUCAAGAAGAUAAUGGUGAUAAUGCUUUGCAAGGCCCAGCAAAUGAUGACAAUGAUAAGCAGGAUGAGGUAGGUUUAACUGUACAUUAAGCUUAAAAAAAUCUUCUUCUUGAAAUUCCUAUAAACUAUAAUUUUUUUUAUCUCCAAGGAGAGUGACAGCGAGGAACAAUAUUUACGGCAAGAAAUGGAUAACAGCAUUUCAGAGGCAUGGCUAAACGUAAGUGUAAAAUAGGUUAUACAUGUCUGUGAAAGCCUGAACUCUUUUUUCUCUUUAAGAUUAGAUUUAAACUUAAAAUCAAGUGAGAAUCAAUGAGAAAUUAGGAUAACCUGCUCUUUUGUCUUGAUAGGGUGAUGAGGACUCAUUUGUCCAGAUUCUUUACUUGAUCAUGCAUGAAAACAUUAGUGGUAAGUAGUUGGCAAAAUAUAACAUUCUUCCUAGUUCAUAGUUUUGACAUACACGGCACUAUACAUUUACUGUGUAUUCAGGACAGGCAAAAGAAAUUUUCAAACUGGUAGAGCAAAUUUUUUACCCUAGGCUGUAAUAUGAGGUACUAAAUGCAGUAAACAUUAAUGGUUGCUGCCUAACAAGGAGAACAUUGACAUAAAGUCCAGACAUGGAUCACCUCGUCACAUAUAACGGAAUCAUGUCCAGUUUGUCAUCCCCACAAUAUUUAUCUAAUGCGCAGACUUUCUAUCAACUGUAAGCCUUGAACAGAGUUAUUAAACACCAACUCUGCCUUGUACCAGUGUGAUGAGGCUCAUACAGCCAGGGCUUACCCCAAUUUUGAUGUCGUAUGGCAACUAGGAUUACUGGGAUGCUAGUCCAAUAGAGUUAUCCCCCUGUCCCCUUGGUGGAAAGGGGCCCUGUGAGAGUUACAUUUCUCACCCAAAAACGCAAUAGAAAGAGCUGGCCAGGGUGUGAAAUUUUUAAACAGGAUUCCACUGUGAUUAUUAAGACAUCACCUCUCCUAUGAUCAUACAAGCUGUACUUUAGAACACUAUUGUAGACCCUUGCCUCUCUUUUUCCACAGUUGACCAUCAACACUCAGACACGCAGGCCACUGCCCUGAUGGUUGCAUCAGGACGAGGUUGUGCUGGUGUUGUUGAACAGUUGCUGAGUUUAGGAGCCAAUCCUCACAUUAAGGAGCCCAAGAAUGGAUGGUAAGGAAAUAUUAAUUUUUUUUUGUAUACCCUACCAUCAAAUUUUUUCAAGGUCUUGUCGCUGAAUUAAAUCAUGCGACAAAUUUAUGGACAUAAUUUCUCUCCCUUAGGACUGCUAUAGAUUGGGCCAAGAAAUGGGAACACAGUGAUGUUGUCCAAAUUCUCGAAUCGUGUUUGUAAGUAUGAGGAUUUAAAGUAUGAUUUUAAUAGUUUGUGUACUCCAGGUGUUGAAUUGCUCAGCAUGUAAUCAUAUAGCUUGUUCAGAGAUUAGCUUAAGAAUGGAUUUAGAGAGUAUGAUAAGGUUGUAGAAGGUUUGGUGAGAUUUAGGAAAGGUAUUUAUAAAGUAAGGUAGGUAUCAUGUCAUAUUAACCCUUUGAAAACUAAAAGUGAUUAGAAUCCAACUUCUCCUUACCAUAUCUCCCUGAAUCAUAUGACAUUAAACUGAUGAGAAUAAAUGAAAUGAUCACCAUUUAAAGAAGCUCUUGAUUGGUAAACUAAUUCUCCUUGUCAGCACCUUGGGAAAUAUAUAGAGAACAGUAUGGAGAAUAUGCAUACUGAUGUUAGGGUGUGAAGGCAUUAUGAAGUCUGAUCACAGCAGUGUACUUUUCUCCAAGUAAAUUUGAGAGUGAAGGCAGUCUUCACUGAAGUAUCUGCCAACGUCUUGAAGGGAAAUUUGUAUGAUUAUCUUUUUAGGUCAACACCCAAAGUUCCAUAUGUGGAUGAAACAGCUUUAGAAAGGGAAUCUAAUGAACUAAGUGAAGAAAGCAAAGAACUGCUUGCUAUUUACCACAAGACAUUUGAUGAUGAUCGGGUAAGGCAAGGCUUGGUAAAUGCACCUGUAAUUAUUCAAAGAAUGCUUUUUCCAAAAAGUUAAGUCUGAAUCAAACCUUAGUCUCACCAGUUGCAAUCACUGAUAGGUUGCAAUGUCAGGUUUCUGAUUGGAAUGAGGAAUCUACUAUAGAAGACAGCAAGUAUGAUGUCAAAGUUGUAUAUUGAUACAUGUCUAAAAUCAGCAAGAGUAGCCAUUCUGUGGCUGAUUCUUCUACCUUCUUCUCCACCAACAUUACUAAUUUGGAUAGCCUAGGUUAUUACUAGACUAUUGUUUCAGUUGUGCAGAAAGGUCUUUGGUAAAAAUCUCUGUUCCUUUUGCAGGUUGAUCUUGACUUAAUCACCAGUCUACUGACAUAUAUUUGUAACACUCAGCAAGAAGGUCAGUUCAACUUUAAAUAUUUUAAGUUAAGUCACCAAGUAAGAGCUUAUUUCUGGUUGUCAUGUCAUGGCAUAAAGAGAUUAGAACUAUGGAUUCCCUCCCCCCCUCCGGAGUGCGUAUUACUCUGUCACCCCCAGCAUUUCAUCACACUUCACUGAAAAUUUCCUUGUACCCAAUUACACUCCAGGGUGGAGACAGGCACUGUGAGGUUACACUGUAAACUGUCUCACCUGAGGACACAAUAAAGUGAGGCAGAUAUAGACUGGACUCCCACAGACUGGACUCUUAUGCCUCUAAAAUCAAUGUUAGGUUGUCUGUGCCAGUUAAAGAACAUAAAUUUUAGUCACCCACCAUUUUAUUAAUGAUACUUUAAAAAAAAAAAAAUGGUGAGAAUGUAUGAAUCCUUUUUCUCCAUUCUAGCUACAGUUGCAUAGCUGGCAGAUGUUGAAUGUGAGUUCUUCUCCACUAGAAGUAAAUUACAUUUAUUUAUUAUACCCACACAGGUUCUAUAUUGGUAUUCCUUCCUGGUUAUGAUGAAAUUAUCACUCUCCGUGACAAUUUAACGGCUGAUAAGGAAUUUGGAAAUACUAGAAGGUAGUUGUUGAUAAAAUUUUGUUGUUUGUUUGACCCCUACUCUCAAGUAUUCACAAACAGUGCCUCAGAUUCAUGCCCAUAGUAUUUUUUUCCUCUUUUUCCUAGGUAUCAGAUUUUUACCCUACAUUCUUCCAUGCAAGCUACAGAGCAAAGAAAGGUGAGUGAUGAAGAGUACUCUCUUCUUGUUUAAAUUUUGCAAGAGUCCUUGAUAAGCUUAGGAUGUCUCUAUGGCACAUGACUAAGUCAUAUUCUUUUGUUUAUUCAAGGUUUUCAGAAAACUGCACCAAUCAAUCAGAAAAAUUGUAAGUUGUUCAUAAGUUGAAAUGUUCAUGUUUAUCCUCAGCUAGGUAACAACAAAAGUAUAACUCAGCUACAUUGUGCAUUUACACAUAUGCAUACCUUCGAUUUUAUUAGUGAUGUCUCUGGGUAUUGAACAAAUAUUCAACAAUUAUGGUAUACCCUUGACAUGUGCUUUUGUUUUCACACAGAUCCUUUCAACAAAUAUAGCAGAGACUAGUGUCACCAUUGAUGAUGUUGUAUUUGUGAUUGACAGUGGAAAGGUGAAAGAGGUUGGUAACAGAUUACUUCUCCUUGUGGGGCAACCAAAGCAAUUCAAAAAAUAAAUAACCUUCCCUUUGGCACGCUGCAUAUCCAUGCGCCAUUGAUAAUGCUCUUCUCGGUGUCCUGAACGGUUUCAACUGAACAUCUACUUCUUUGGCUUGUGGCAUAAGGAUGAUUAUUUUGGUUUACACUGUAAAUGUAGCUAUCUAUGCUAACUGUGAUGUAGUCUUAAUUUAGAAGAUAGGAAAUAUUUAUCAACCUUUUUGAAUCUCUAGAAAGCCUUUGAUGCACUGACAUCAGUGUCUUCACUUCAAUCUGUAUGGGUGUCCAAAGCAAGCGCAAUUCAGAGGAAGGGAAGGUGAUCUAUUUGUUUUUAUAAAGUAACCGGCAAAUUGAAACAUUUUAAGUUUGUUUUAUAAAUUUCCAAACUUUUUAUAGAAUAAGAGAGACAGUAAGUUUUGAGCUUGGUAUAGAAAUAGAGAAAGAUAAUUUUGUCUUGUCACGAGCGUAGGACAAAGAGGAACUCACUUCCUCAUGGGUACUGAGGUACUUUGUUCCUCGCUCGUGAUAAGACGAAAACAUCUUUCUCUUCAAACUUUUUGUUAUUGAAAUAUUUUUAUUGUGUUCAUAGUUAAGCAUAUUUACAUAUUUACAUUCUUCGUUUCCCAUCCACAUAAAACCAAACUUACAUCUUCUAACUCUUUUUCCUUCUCAGGGCUGGGAGAUGUUCCCCUGGCGUUUGUUACCACUUAUUCAGCCGAGUUCGACAUGAUAGCUUCUUGGAAUACCAAAUCCCCGAAUUAUUACGAAUUCCUCUGCAGGUAGGAUUCAGGGAAUAUCAAUUUUAUUAACCUGACCUUUUUGCAAUAAAAGAACUCACACGUAAAUUAAGAUUUUAUUUAACUUAAUCUAGUCGAUCGUCUUCACAGAUAUCGCUUUGGAGACAGACAAAAGAAACCGUUUAUGAGAAAGGUGGCUCUUACGGAGGGGAGAGGGGGUUGGGGUAAAAUGUGACACCUGUUUAACCUGAGUCCUUUACAACUCGGUUACGAUGCGUAUAGCUAACGAAGAGAGGCAGUGUUAGGUGAAGCUUCAACUGUAUUACUGUUGUUCUUGUUUUGUAGGAAUUAUGUCUUCACACAAAACUUUUAGCAUCACCAAACACGUCAAUAAGUGAUUUCUUGUCCAAAGCUCCCGAGGCUCCUCCGCUUUUGAUUCUUCGAAAUGCUGUGGCCCUUCUUAAGGUUGGUGUUGACACCAGUAGUAUUGUUGCCAAACCGUCUUAGUUAAUUCUGUUUACACUAUUCGUCGCAUUUCCUUCACUGAUUUUGUGUACACUAUAUACUUUUAGAUUACCAAACGUUUUUUCUUAUGUUUGACCCAUUGGAUCUUAAUUUCACUUCAGAGAGGUACAUGCACAUGGUGUACUUACUGUAAAGUUUUUGUCCGCGUCUGUUACUUUUCUUUCCACUUUUUCUUCACUGCUUCUGCUCUUGCAUAAGUAACUGUGGCUGAUCGUUUGAUUUGAUUUAUUUUUGAUCCAGACUAUAGACGCUUUGGACCAAUGGGAAGACCUGACUGACCUUGGUAAAUGCAUUGCUUUAUUUGACAGAACUUUGUAAAAGGAGAACUCAAAGAAAAAACAGGCAAACUGCCUGAAGCGCGGGCAAAGCGCGUGACCAAGUCACUUGUGAUUUUAGUUUGCAUUUGAUUGGUUGAGGGAUUGGACCACUCAAAGACCUUAGAGAAGACAAAGCAUUGUCGGAUUGCUUCCCACUCAAAUAAAAAUUCACUUUCUAGAAAUCCUGCUUUUAUAUGUUCAUUUAAUAAUGGUUUUCUUUUCUCCUGCCCAAAACUAUCCGACACUCUUUUACCAUAAACUGAGUCUUUCAUGACUCGUUGUUACAGUAUGAUAACUGAAAAGCUACUUAUCAAGCAUAAGAAACGUUUUAUUCUGGCAAUUAUGCCGAUCUUUGUAGUAACGUUUUUGUGGAAUAACUAUACGAUUCGGUGUAAUGGCCAUGCAGUUUUUUAUAAUUACUGUGUGAUUCUGUGUCACCUCUCCUAGGUCGUCAUCUUGCUGACUUACCCCUUAGUCCACAACUGGGGAAGAUGAUCCUGUAUUCAGUUGUACUGAAGUGUGUGGAUCCAGUGGUGACCAUCGCCUGUGCUCUGGCCUACAGGGAUCCUUGUAAGUAAAGGAAAAUUACAAAAAAGAAGCAGAGGAAAUUCUCUGAGCCGACAAAGCAGACCCGUAAUUUGAGAAUCGCGGUGAAUCGUUAAACCGACUUGCUAUCUCCGUUGUCAAGGAACAAACGAGUGAUUUUAAGUAAAUUCCAGGCCUAUUGAUAAUUAAUCACUCAGUCAUCGUGGUGAAAAAACUUUUAUACGAUUAUACUUUUCGUCUUUGUCAAAAAAUAUGGUAGCAAAACUUUCUGACAUGCUCCUCUGUGGCAGUGCGGUGCUUGUGUGGGACUUCUUACCGACAGAUACUACCUUCCCCUUUGACGGGAUAAGGGUUUUCAGUUCGUCUUGUUCGGAUAGAAUUUACGACUCACUUUGGAACUCAAAUACAGCAUAUACCAAGGUAAACUCUUGGUGUAUGGAACUUUUUAAAAGCCUUAUACUUGCUCUGUGUUUUUUUUCAGUUAUUCUUCCAAUGUACGCGGCCGAGAAGCGAGCUGCAGCUGCCGCUAGAAAAAGAUUCAUCUUGGAUCCUUUCAGCGAUCACUUGGUGUUCGUGCAAGUGUUCAGAGUGAGUUGGUUACUACUUGUGAUGCAGGGUUGGUACGUUGCAAUAACGAAAAAAAGAAACAGUAGGAUAUAUUUCUGGCAGAUACGAUAGCUUAUCUGCUUCUUCUCAGUUUAAAAUCAAAGGUGAUUUUUGAAUCGAAGAAUUUCGAAAUUAUACAUACUAAUUCGAAGCAAGAGUGAUGGAAGAACACUCACCACCACUACUCUCUGAUGGCUCAAAUUAAGCAAGAUUCUCCAGGAAACUAUAGAGCAAACCGAACUUUUUUCAAUUUUUCAGUGUUGGAUCCCUCAUUAGUGCUUUAUGUACCCAUGCCAUUGUUACAUGCCGUUUGGAUCUUUUGUUCCUUAGGGCUGGCAACGUGCACGAUCUGAAGGUUACGACAGGAACUUCUGUCGGAGGAACUACUUGUCUCAAGCUACCUUAGAAAUGAUGGCUGGUAUGAGGUAAAGCUUUUAAAAGGCCGGUUUAUAAUUUAGAUUUGAAAAUCUCAAGAAGUUAUUCCAUUGCAAGGUAACCUUGGACCUUAACGUGCUUUUUACAUGAAGGUACUGGUUAAAUGAUUGGAGGGGUGGUGCGAUCCCCGUCAUGUUUCUGAUUUACCUGUUGUCAUUUUAGAGCACAAAUUCUUGGACAAUUGAAAUUUGCCGGUUUCAUUCGCCCCCGCGGAGCAGGAGACAUCAGGGACUUGAAUUCCAAUUCAAACAACUGGGCUGUUGUUAAGGUAUGUUUCUACUGAAUAUAGGUGCAAUUGCGGUGAAGAAAUAAUCGUCGCAUAUCCUUCGUUGCUAUCAUUGACUCUGUUUGGUUUACUGUCAUAGUUUUCAUCAUUUUCACUGUCGCUUUUCGUUGUAAUGUUUGUUGUCGUGGGCAACGUCAUGACUACCCGCCAUGAAUGUCCUUUUUCUCCUUCUUGGUUGCUGUUUUCUUCCUCAAAGAACUGUUCGAACACACUAGCCAUUGCUCAUACCUGCCUGCUGUAAUCCAAAGAACUCUACCAUUUUGAGUCUUAAAAUGAACAGAUACUAUUCUUAGUUUGGUUUCCAGUGUAAUGCCCUUAUCCUUUCUGCAUACCAUUAUUUAAAGCUGGUAAAAUUAAACUUUCCUUUGUUGACAGGCGGCUCUCUGUGCUGGAACAUUUCCACAGGUGGCUCGUGUGGAUAGAAGUGCGAAAAAACUUACAACACAGUAAGAGCAAAUACUGUUAGACUUACAUUGUGCUAAUGUUUGCUUUAUUUUGUAGCCUUUGUUAGUUAGAAGUGUUUCUUCGCCCGGUCCUUAGCGAUUUCAGCUAACAUUUUUUUUUAUAAAGCUGUGUUCUUAAUGCUGCAGGAAAGAGAGUAAGGUUCGGUUCCACAAUUCCUCCAUAUUGUACCAGUCUCCAACACAAGGAGACUCCAUGUCCGCUGCUCAAACAAAGGCCAUCAACAGACUUCCCUCCGAUUGGCUUAUUUAUGAGGAAAUGUCGAGGUUUGUUUGUUUGUUUGUUUCAUUUUUAUCUCAAGCUAAUCCGCUUUCAGUGCCACCUAACUGGUGGUUCCUAGCAGUGGUUCACGUUUGCUGCAUGCUGACUUGAGCUCAGAUAAAUGGACUCAAAUCAUGUUGAAUAGCUGUAAAACUUCUUCAAAAAAUUUUUUUAAAAAAUUUGCGAGUCGACAAUGUUAUUUUUUAAUUCUUCAAUUAGGCUCUGUAAAAGAAACAAGUUUACCAAAAGCCUCUACUUCUACUAAUUCGCCUCUGAACACGUGUCAUUUACUGUCUAUCCUUUUCCAGGUUGUACACAACAGUGACAGUUAAAUGCUGUACACUGCUGUCACCUGUAACGAUAGCACUCUUCACUGGACCAAGCCUGUCUUCCGAGCGUGUUACCCAGGACUCCUCUGCUACUCGUGACAGUGAGAGGUACCUUGGAGAUGGACUAGGACGAGAGAGUGAAAGCAGUGAUAGCGAAACAGAGGAAACAUCAGGAAAGAAAGAAAAAAAUGGUGCUCUGUUUAACGUGGAUGAGUGGAUCGCGCUGUCUGCGAGUCAAGAGGUAGUUGUGAUCCUCAAAAACUUCUACUUCUACUUCUACCUCUUUUAAGCUUAUCUUGUACUGGCACAUCAAGAAUAACCCAAAAAAUGGAAGGAAUUCAUACUGCCCAUAGUCAAAAAUGCCUCUAACAUUAGCAAACUUCAAUGUAGUCAUUUAGAAUUUAUAUGAUUUUAUGUUCAAUUGCAAACCGAGAAGGAAUGUUUUUGUCGACAUUCUCUGUCAUUUGCGUGGUUAGAAUUUGGAGAGAACACCAUUUUUACAAUGCUGCUAAUACCUGUCCUCUAUCUCAAUGAAAUUGUAUUUUCAUCUAUAAACUUCACUUCCUCUUAUUAUACCGCUUGCAUUACCUUGCGAACGUUCAGUAUUUUCUCAUUUUGCGCGACUUUUUGUCGUUCAGGUUGUUAACCACGUGUCAUAUCUGCAUCACAAGUUACAAGCUUUGUUUGUUCGAAGAAUUCGUUCCCCUUCCAGACCGUGGUCACAAGUGGACGAGGUAUGAUACGAAACCACAGUUAGCUAGGCUUGUGUUUGCUCAAAUUUUAUGGAGGAACGUUCUGCAAGUACUGUCGGCUCUUGGAAGCUUUAUUUACUAACCAUACGCCAAAUAGUCGUCUUUACCUAAAAGUUGGUUAUUAAAGUUUGCACCAAUGUUUAAUUUUUAUUUUUAUUUUGUUUUUGUGUUUGUUUGUUUGUUUGUUUGUUUGGUACAAAGAUGGUUGUCCGUGCAGUAGCAGCAGUUUUGACAGCUGAAGAACAAGCCAUGAAUCCGCAUCCUCGUCAAAGACGAACACGACCAGGUGACUGAACUUACUCUGAAAAAGAAAUCUGAUAAAGAAAUAAAUGUCGUUACAGUUGAGUGUCGUAAGUGAUUCGAGAUUGUAUGUGGAUUUUUUUCUAGUGUGCUCUGUGUUAAGCUGCGAAAUUUGUGUCAGUCUAUCAACCCUAAAAAAGCAAACGUGGAAUCAACUGCGACUUAGCUAUUGGUGUUUUCCCGCGCUUCUUACGGGUUGUGCGGUCUGAUCUUCGUUGGGUUCUCAUUGGUUCCCCAUGCUUUUGACGCUUGUUUUGAUUGGUCGUUUUGAUCACUUGUUUAUAUUUACACAAACAAAGCGCUUGAAAUGUUUGAUUUAACUCAAUUAUUCUAUGGCCUACUUUUCUUAAAUGUCUUUAAUAUAUCUAUGAUAUUAUUAUUAUUAUUAUUUCUAGAUUUUUCAAUUUCUUGAAUUCAUUAUAAGCAAUUUGAUCAUUUUGCAAGCCCUAAAUCCCUGUGUUGUUUCUAAUGUCACAUUUUGAAUCUAACUUGAGGGUGAAUUUCUUUUCAGGAUUUGAAAGUGGACCCGACUCGAGAUCUCCAAGGUAUACUGUGAAUUAUUUCCUUAUAGUUGAAUCAUAACACUCAUGUCUUAAAAUUGCAACAUGAUAAAUUUCAUAAAAAAACAAAGUAUUUUAUGGUGCGAGCUUUGGAGUUGUGUUCAUAACGAUGCCUAAAAAAGCUUAAGUUUCAAUGUGCAUGGCCACAAAUAGAUAAUCAUAACUUCUUUCCAUCUGCAGGUCUCGCUCGGGUGAGCAGUUCUCUCCAUCCAGAGAUCGUACACGAGAAUCCUCUGGUGAGCUGUUGUUAAAGUCAGUGAAAUAAUUUAGAGUUUAUGAAGUGUUGUUCUCAUAGGGAUGUCCAACGUGAUUAAGACGUCUUCAGAAUAAGUAGAUCUCUGACCCCAAUGUCAAAAAAAUCUUUAGAAUUCAUGUUGCAAUUUUUUUUCCUCCAGGAUCAAGUUCACAAGUGAAAAGUGAAAUACAGUCAUCCUCUCUGGUAACUUUGGCGACGAUAAUGUUAUUUUUAGUUUUGAAAUUUAAUGAUCAAACUUACUUAGUGCUAAUGUUUGUAACUAUGACUAAAAAUCUUGUCUGUGUUCGAAAUGGUAUGAAGAUCUUAUCUGUAUUAACUUUCUUUUUCAAAUGUAAACAGAAUGGGAACAAAGUUUCUGGUGAUGGUUGGUCCCCAAGGUCUCCUCAACAGCUUGAGAAAUUGAGUGAAGGUGAGCAUCAUUAGUUUAAAUAAUGAAUGAUUAAAAUGAAACAAUGAAAUGAGUGAAUAGGUGUAGCAGCACAUUCCGGUUUUUGAUUCUUUUUUAAGUUUCUCAUUUGAGCCACCUGCAAAAUAAAGCGCAAAGUGAACAAACAAAAUAAAAACAGGGAAUGUAAACCGCAGUAGACAGAGACUAAGUGUGAAAAAACUCACAGUCAAUUCAAGAACAGAGACUUCAAUAAAACACUCUAAACUCUAUUCACAAAUGAUAUACAACAAAAGCCUUCUUUUUUUUUCAGCUCGGUACUUUAUCAUGAAAUGCAACAAUCAGAGAAAUUUGGAUAUAUCGAUGGCCAAGGUAACUGCUGACGUUUGAUUAUAAAAAAAAUUUUAUUUAUACAAUAAGUACACAAAGAUUGCAUGUCUGUGGUUUUAUGAAAUACAGUGUUAUGUAGAUGUUACAGAGGUAUUUCAUUGUCUUUACAGGGCAUUUGGGCAACAACACUAGCCAAUGAAAAAAAGCUGAACAAAGCCUUCAAGGUUUGUUAUAGUGACUGUGGAGGACGGAGAAAAGUCUAAGCUGCAAUAAAUUGAUUGAAUAUUUGUUAAUUGGAAAAAUAUUCUAGGAUACUUUUGAGUGGACAAGGUCAAGAAGAAACUGAAGCAAAUUAGUUGAUGGUUUUUCGUAGGCAGUGUCCAUACUAAAGUGAUUUUGUUUGUAGGAAUCUAAGCAUGUUAUGCUGGUCUUCUCGGUGCAAGGAAGUGGACACUUUCAAGGUAAUUGGUUUGUUCAAGAGAGGAUCCAACUUUUAGAUACUCGCGAAGAACAUGUCAUGUCAUUCUUGGGAGACAAGCUGCCUUGAGUCUAAAAGUAACUUGAGAUAGGUCAUCAUUUGCAGUGAAGCGUCUCAAAUGAAGAGUUUAGCCUCUAAGUAUCAUCUUCUCUUGGUUUAUUUAAGAACUAAUCUCCAAGAAUUCUUAUUCAGCCAAAAAGAAAGUUCUUGCCAUUCUGACCAGGUUCAUGUUCCUCUUUUGUUUCAGGCUAUGCACAGAUGACGUCACCCAUUGGCAAAGACAAGUCUCCGGAGUUUGGUUCUAGUUCACUAAGCGGUGUUUUUAGUGUCGAAUGGAUAAAAAAGUAUGUGCUGCACAUGUACUUGUUAUAACGUAUUUGCUGUUUUCUUCAUUUUACUCCACAUCUGUAACUUGUAAGUCUUAGUCAGGACAAAGUGCAUCAGGGUUUACAGUUUUGUGAGUUAGAAGACCCACUCUGAAUUUGAAUUAAAAAUAUAUCAGUCUCUUGAGUCAAAUCUUAUCAUAUCCUCAUCAUGACUUUUAUCCUUCUAUCAGGUGUAACCGAAUUCUGUUUUCCCAUUAUUCCAUAGAGCCAGUAUUCCAUUCCAACAAGCUCACCACCUAGUUAACCCUUGGAAUGAUCACAAGAAGGUUCAGAUUAGUCGCGAUGGACAGGUAAAUGCGAGUCACUACAGUGCACCUAUGUAGAGGUUACUCUCUUUGAUGAGAGAUAAGACAAGAUUACAGCUUCCUCUCGCGCACAGGGUUGGAAAACCAAAUGGUCCUUUAUCUCCAGAAUAACAUUUUAAAAAAUUUAAAGGUGCCCUUUAUUCUUUUCAAAGCAUUUUUAUAUCAUGCGGACAACAUUAGAAUCAUGAACAAUCGAAGCCUGUGAAAACGCCGUUGGGAAGAUAAACUCAUCGGGAGAUGGGCUUCUGUCACCCUGUGCAUUCAAUUUAAGUCUAAAUUGAUAGCGUAUGGCCGAAUGGUGCUGAGACUUAAUCAAGAAUUGAAAUUCUAAGAAUCACAGACAUACACAUCUUUUGCAGGAGCUGGAACCUAAAAUUGGCGAAGAACUCUGCAAACUAUGGGACGCUGACCAAGCUGGUGGGACUGGACGAACUCCACGAUCGACAAACAACACGAGUAGACGUGGCAAGCCCUCUGGACCCGCCCAAGCCGAUCCCCACCCCACCACUGGUCAGUGGCAAGGUGCACAGUACACUGCAAUGCAACAGGUGUACGCUACCCACACCCCCUCCAUGCCAAUACCCGUUCCCAUUCCUUCAGCGCACUCCCGACACACCAUCGCUGCGCCGUACCCUCGUCCCCAAGUGAUGGCAGCCCAGCCUAUGGCUGUCCACCCACAUCCCGCCGUCCCCUUCGGUGCUCAUGCAAUGGCACUGCAGUCUCAGUUCCGUCCGGCGGCGGCUUCAAGGUUCCCCGGGGCAGUUGUUCAGGCACCCCAUAUAAGGAACAUGGGUGCACCACCACGUGCAUCAAGAGGCUCGUAUCAUUCUCCAAGAAAGUAAUCAUUAUCAUCAUCAUGAUGAUCGCUUGUUGCGCCAGUAGGCGCAUAGGGUAGUCACAUUGUCCACCCAAUCCCCCCUAUCAAGUGCCGCCGCCUUGGCCACAUUCCAGCUCUUCUACCCGGCCUUGCCUCCCUCUCCUUCAACAGUCCUUCUCCAAGUGGUUUUUGGUCUCCCUUUCGCCCUUCGACCUUCUGAUGUCUACCCCAAUGCCGUAAAACAGUCGUUCACACCCUCUCUCCUGAGUACGUGUCCUAACCAGUUCCAAGUUCUUUUUCGCACCUUGCAGCCCAUUUUAUUGAUCUCUCUACCAUUUCAACUACUCUCUUGUUUGUCAUAAUUUGCUGCCAUCUAAUCCUUUUCCCUACUCCAUCAGGGGAGUGAUGGAGAAGGGAAAACUCCAUCCUGAUGCUCGGAUUCUAUGAUGUUGUUGUAACAUGAGCUCUUAAGACUUCAUACCUCAAAUAAUCGAGUCACUGAGAAAGAAAAUAAGCCGUUUACCCUCUGGACAAAACUGCUGAAUCUUUACUGGAGAUAUUCCAGACUGAUUUCUCACCCUGAAAACUCAGUCAUUUCCUAUUUUAGAGUAAUAGUACCGAUAUGGAAACUAAGGAAACGCCUAUUCCAAUCUUCGCUUGUUAUCUUUUGCGUAACUUGUGUAAAGAGUUUAGCGAGCAAACUAUUCCCUCCGUGAGGGAAAAAUGAAACAUACCGUAGGACUCUUUCAAUUGGACUUGCUUAAUUUAAUGCUUUUAGGUGAUGUUUCUUCAUUUUGUCUUUUUUGUUAUCCAAGUAAGUUUUUGCUCUUACUGCAUUUCUGGAUUGUUGUGCAGGGGAGGCUUGUGAAUGAACAAUUACUUGGAAAUGAUACGUGUACGCAUCUAGGCCAAACUUUGUACCUCUAAAAGUGAUUUUCGGAACUACGGUAAAAAGAGAUCAUAAAGUGCUGGGGUAUUCAGUCUCUAGGGUAGCUUUUAGAAGGAUGGAAACGAAAUUGACUUUUUUUUUCCAUUAAGAUUUAUUGAGCAAUAGUAAUGUAUUGUACAGAAAGCCUGAAAUAGACUUACAAAUUACUGG